AAAUGAUAUGUCAUCCUAAGGCAAAUAUGGUUAUUCGCCAGGGCUCUUCAAGCUUCUUGGUCUUUCAAGAUCUUUAUUCUAUCAAACACCGAACAUCGUUUUCUUGAACUAAUCACAAUCACCGAACAAACAUUACAACAUUCGAACCACCACCAAAAACAAUUUCCUAUUUGUUGCGUUUUUUGAGCAAGAUUGUCACAGGUGAAAAGAAAACCACCGUUUACCAUCUCCCUUAUUUCCGUCAAGAGCUACCACAGCUCAAGUACUUGAAAGCUUGACUUUUGAUAAACAAAGAGAUCAACGAAAUCUUAAAAUGUCGGUCGAAGUCGUCUUGGAUUCGCCUCUGGCUCAUGCGCUCAACGCUUCCAUUCAACCAAAGCUUGUAGAAGUAGGAUGGAGUACAGGCGGCGCUGAUGACUCUGCGCUUUCGGAAUAUAUUAUCCUCAUGCUGGUGAAUGGAAAGACGCAAGAACAAAUCGCCGCGGAAUUAUCAGGCGAUCUUCUAAACCUUGGUGAUGAUGAUCCGGGAGCAAGGGAUUUUUCACAGUGGUUGUUCAACCAGGUUGGACUAAUAAAUUCACAGAUCAGCGGUGGAGGAUAUCCAGAGACUGGCGCAGAGACUGAGCAGGGUCAAUUUGGAGAUUCAAAUGUGUCGCAAGAUGCGGAUAUGAAUGAUGCUUCCGAGGCAGGCGAUGUAAAUGUACCAACAGGCCCCAAGUCAAUGCGAAAUGGAAGUGGCGGUAUUAGUCGUCCGCGGGAUAAACGUAUGCUGAAUCAUUUGACGAAGGCAAUGGAUCGUACCCAUGAUGCCGCUCUCCAUCGAGUACGACCACAAUCGGGAAAUGAACGCAUAAAUACACAUGCACGAGGACCACCAACAGGGCCAAGGGGACCUGUAAAUAUCCGAGGUACUGCUCGCAUGCAAAACGGGCGUGGGCAUGGCGCCAUGGGUAGUAUGCCGUCGCAACAUGGUGCAGCGCAAAAUAUCAUGGGCAUGUCUCCACAACAACAACUCGAACUAUAUGCUAUGCUUGAGCAGCAAUCGAGACUGAUGGCGCAAAUGUUCACUCCACAACAGCAACAAAUGAUGCAACGAGGGGGCAAUGGCAUGGGCUCAGGAUUCCCGGGACAAGGCAGACCUUUGCAUGAGCGAAUGCAACAUCCCAGUCGAUCCCAAAAUAACAACUUCCAAAAGCGCCACGAGCAGCAACCACAAUCUCAAAGUGAUAACUCGAUGGAUGUUGAGAUGAAUUCUAGCGAUAAGGUUGAUAGUCUUUCUCCAGACACCACAUGCAGAUUUAAUUUGUCUUGUACAAAUAAAGACUGCAAAUUCGCACAUCAAUCUCCUGCAGCUCCUCCAGGAACGGCUAUUGACGUUGCAGAUGUUUGUACCUUUGGCGCAGCCUGCAAAAACCGAAAAUGCGUUGGGCGGCACCCAUCCCCAGCUCAGAAGAUUGCACACCAAACUACUCAAGACUGCAUAUAUUUCCCAAAUUGUAAGAAUACCAACUGCCCCUUCCGACAUCCAACAAUGCCAUUAUGUCGAAAUGGCGCCGAUUGUACAACAACAGACUGCAAGUUCACACACGUCAAAACCAUGUGCAAAUUCAAUCCUUGCUUAAAUCCGACAUGUGCAUUCAAGCAUGAAGAGGGCCAAAAGAGAGGAAAGUUCGAUGAUAAAGUAUGGGUGGCAGAUGGUUCAAAGGAGCAUGUCAGCGAGCGGAAGUUUGUGGAUGAGGAUGGAAAUGAGGAGCUGAUUCUACCUGGAGGAGCGGCAUCAGCAGACACAGGAGCAGGAAAAGGUGGUGAUGCAGAGAUUGCCGGAUAGAUGGAUUGAAUACUUACAUGAGCUAUGUGGAGAAUGUUUAGUUUAAGAAAAAUGUACAACAUGCAUAGGGAUGCGUGGGAAGGAGAUUAAAAUCUGGCGUUUUAUGGACAAGAGAAUCGUGACUGGAUUCUCGGGAUAUAUCUUGGUUGGGCCCUCAUAAUGAAUAGCUGGUCACAGCCAAAACUUCUUUAGGUAGAAUGAACUUUUACAUCCUCGGCACCCCAAAGCAAAAAGACUUUGGGGCUUAGCCAAGCAG